GUUCCGAUUGUCCAUCCAUUGUAGACUUUGCCAGCCAUGACGAAGCGUGUCAUGCCCAAUAGCGCUGGUGACAAGGAGCUCCGUGCCGUGCAACAGUUGCCCAAGACGUUGGCUGUUGACAACCCAGGAGAAGGCUUGCAUGGCUGCUGGAAGUCUGAGAAGGGCCAAGUGACGAUCGGGAAGGACCCGGUGACUGCCCGUCUUUCCUACACUGAACCUGUGGGUGAAGAGCGUGUGCACGGCUGGUUGGAUCCCGUGGCCGGCGAGGAGUCUCUGUGGCAUGGCACCCUGGUGCUGCUGAAGGCUGGUGAGGGACCUUGGUAUGGUCCCUCCUUUGGACCUCCACCGGAGGUGGUGGGGGAUAUCAAGGUGCGCUUGUUGAAAGGCGACAAGCCGGGAAUAGAGACGCAGAUUCGAAUGCAAGAUGAGGAGGAUUGGUCGGAGCUGACCAAGUUCGAGCAGGAGGUUGGAGCUGAAGAGAAGCCGAUGCCGACUCCUGAUCUCAGUAACUUGCUCCCCAUGGAAGCGCGGAGUGAGACUCGUGACACCUAGCAGCGCUGAUGGCAAAGCAGUGCGCAGCCUGUGCAGCCAGGAAUGACGCAGGAGAAUCA